AUGGCCGAUAUAGCAGAGCCCGCGCCCGACGCGCUGGUCGCGACCGAGUCCGAACCCACAAAUGCGCCAAACGAAGAGCAGCAGCUCGAAUCGACAAAGAAAGUCAAGAAGAUCAUCAGAAGGAAGAAGCGUCCUGCGCGCGUUCAAGCAGAUCCCUCAGUUGCGAAGGCGGAUCCCUCAACACAGUCUGGACUACAGUGGAACAUCUGGUACUCAAAGCAUGAGGGUGGGCAGAGAGGGGAUGAGCAGCACAGCUUGAACAAGCCCGCUCCCGGUCGAUGCUCGAUUGCCAAAGAUGCUGGAUACACCCGUGCCGAUCGGACACCAGGAGCUUUCUUCUGCGUUCACUUCGCUCGAGGCGUGUGCCACAAGGGGGCCGAUUGCGAAUACUUGCACCGCCUGCCUGGAAUUCACGAUUUGUAUCAACCGAAUACCGACUGUUUUGGCAGGGAAAAAUUCUCGGAUUAUCGUGAUGAUAUGGGCGGUGUUGGAAGUUUCCAACGACAAAAUCGUGUUCUUUACGUCGGAAGAAUCCAUGUGACGGAUGAUAUUGAGGAGGUGGUGUCUAGACACUUCAGUGAAUGGGGCCAAAUUGAACGAUCCCGUGUUUUGACAGGCAGAGGAAUUGGCUUCGUUACAUAUUCAAAUGAGGCAAAUGCCCAAUUCGCAAAGGAAGCCAUGCAUCAACAGGCUCUUGAUCAUGAGGCAUUCGUUGCGGAAAUCGAGGGCCGGGACCCCGAGGCCCGAAAGCGGAAGAAGAUCGAGGGUAGCUUUGGAUUGAACGGAUACGACGUACCCGAUGAUGUCUGGCACGCGCGGACCCGGCAGCUAGAGGCAUCAGCACCUGCGGCCCAACUCGAGGCCCCGGAGCAAGCUCAAAUGAUUGAAGCCGCACCACCCGCGGCUGAGCCCGCACAGCCCGAGAACGGAAUCUUCUCCAGUUCAACUGUGGCAGCCUUGCGCGGACUAGCGGGUGGGAAUGUGACGACCCAGGCUGCGCCGAAGAGCUCUGGUCCCUUGGUUGGCUACGGGUCUGAUGACGAUAGUGACUAG